AUGGUGAUGUCUGGGGGUGAAGAGCAGAGUCUGUCUCCGGAUGAGAUGCGGCAGAAGCUCUAUCAGACCUUCAGGAGCCGCGGGCUUCUGGACGCGCUGAAGCGCGGUAGCGGAGAGCAGCUGAGUCAGCUGAUCCAGGAGCUGCAGCCGGCGGCGGUGCGGAGAGGAGACGCUCACUCUGUGUUAGUCACCGCAUGCAACAGCGUCAUCAUCCAUCACCUGCGCAGCGUCGGCUGCGACUACACGCUGUCUGUCUUCCUUCCUGAAUGCGGAAUGAGCAAAGACAAGGUUUUAUCAGCGAGAGAGCUUCUGCAGCUCAUGAAGAUCAGCCCUCACACACCGUUAUAUAAAUCUCUGGUAUCGAAUAUCCAGAAGGGACAGACAGGUUUCCUGAUGAGUCUCUUCACAGAGCUCACUGAACAUCACGUGUACAGAGACUGCUGCGACGCUUCCACUCAGUCCACCUCCAUAUCAGCACAUAAAGAAUCACUCGUGGAGAAGCUGCAGCUGAUUGACGAGGAAUAUGAAGAGCUUCGGCACAGAGGUGACCGCUGGGCGUCCGUCGAGGCCAAGCUUGCGGAGUACAGGAAGGAGAUACAGGAGCAAGCGCAGGUGGAGCUCAAAGCAAAGCUGCAGCACUUCAUGGAGGUGGAGAUCGCAAAGGUGAAGAGAGACGAGAAGGAGGCCUCGCGGAGAGAAAUCCUGGAGCUGCGGCGAGACAUGGAGAGAACCUUUGAGCUGAAGUCUGAGGCUCUGAUGAGCCGAGAGAAAAACGCCAUCGAGAGGUUACAGAGAUCACAGGAGAUCGAGGAAAAGGAGAUGUAUGCUCAAAGACAAGCCCUGCUGAAAGAAAUCGAGUCUGUGCGGAGCCGAGAGAUUGAGCUUAAACAGAGGAUGGAGGCCUUUGACAAAAGCUGUAAGCUGCAUGAGGAGAAGGUAAAGACCAUGGAUGAUCUUCUGAGGAGGAGAGAGCUGUCUGUGAAGACCAUGGAAGACACGUUUGACCAGAAACUGAAGAGCCAGUUAGAGAAAUAUCAGCUGGAGCUGAAGGAGGAUUACACGAAGAGAACCGAGAAACUGACAGAAAAUGAGAAAAGGAUUAAAGAAGAAACGGCUCGUCUGCAGAAGGAGUCUGCUAUUAUUAAUACAAAAGCAGAAGAGCAUGAGAGAAGUUUAUCAGAAGUUAAACGUCUGAUGAUGGAGCUGGAGUCGUCCAGAGCGCAGGCGGCUCUUCUGACCCAACAGAACGAGCUGCUGCGAGAGAGACUGGAGAACCUGAGCGACUAUCCAGCGCUGAAGAGAGACGCUCAGGAGCUGCAGACGAACAUCAGUCUGCUGAAACAACAGCUGGAGGAGAAGCACCAGGAGAACCAGAGACUCAGACAAGAGCUCAGCGCGCCGUCUAAGGAGCAGCUGGCGCUGCAGGCCGAGCUCAGGAGACUGGAGACGGCACGCAGACUAGACGAGGAGGACUUUGAGACGCAGAAAAACGUCUUACACACACAGCUGCAGCACGAGGUGCAGCAGUGUGUGCUGUUGAAGGCUCAGCUGAUGGAGUGUGAGGAGCGGGUGAAGUGGAUGAACACACACACUGAAGAGCUCCAGCUCCAGCUCCAGCAGACACAACAAGCUUUGGAGAACGAGAUCCUCCGCGAUCCCAAGCCUUCCCUGGUAGAUCGUUCUGUUCUCAGUUUGAUUCCUGACAGGCUGCUUCCUCCUGACAUUUACACAGACACUGCUCUGCUCAGAAAGCCCAGAGCCGCUUCUGACGCUGAUUUAUCUGAAGCAGGGCCGGCCCUCAGGGGCCCGUGGCCCGCGGAGCGUGACUCCGAGCUGGUAAGCAGCGCUCUGGCCCGGAUACGAGAGCUGGAGCAGGAGGCCGAGCGUCUGGAGGAGGCUUACAGGAGUCACCAGCACAGAGCCGCUCGAGCGUCUGCUGAAGAUCUCACGCCUCUCAGAGUGACCUACAGAGCACAGCCCAGGGUGAGCUUCACUUCUGCAGGACGUCCUGUCGAGCAGGAAUUCAGCAGAACUCCUUCUCCGAGAGAGAGAAACCCGCUGAGACUCGUCUCUCCUCCAGCCAGACGUCUGUCCUCCACACCGCUGAGCAAACACGGAGCAGACGCCGAUCACCACGCUUUCACGCAAGAGCGUCGGCGGACGAGUCCUGACUCUGACAGAGCGGCGCUGGUGUUUCCAGAGAGACAGAUCUCCCCGAUCCCUGCUGGAGACAGCCUGUGCUCCCUCAGUCCUCCCAGCAGCCCCAGGAUGAAGAGCACCACUCGCCACAGCCGCAGUCCACCCAAGCUGCAGGAAGUCAUCUGCAGUUCCUCUGAAGAGUCGUCACCUCAGCCGGAGAAGAUCACGCUUCACGAUCUGACCGACCCCGUGCCACAUGAACACGACGCAGCUGUGGAGGAGGAGAGAGAGAGGAGAGAGGAGAGAGAGCAGCGAGAGCUGCAGAGACUGGAGGAUCAACACGAGGAACAAGCUCGAGACAACACAGAGGAUACCGAGGGUCAUGUGACAUUAACGAGCGCUGUGAUUGGAGGAGGAGCGGAGGAGGAGGGAUCAGGGGGAGCUCAUGUGGCCAAUCCUCUUCACAAGUACAUGAUGAUGCUCAUGCAGGACAAACAGAAGCAGCAGAGCCCAAAUAAAGAGGCGUCAGAGAAGCAAAGUCAGGAGGAGGAUGUUCAGUCUGAGAACGAUGAGCGCAGGUAAUAAUGUGUGUUUGUGUGAGCGACUGUAC